UUUGUUUGCGAGGGUCAGCCUCCCUCCGUACUUAGUUAGGACUUGGUAAUCCCAUAGAAGCAGUUGAAGCCCGAGUUGACAGGGCUGGGUCAUUCGUAGCAUUCCAUCGUGCUGCAUCUUUGUCCUUUGAGACAAUCUCUGUUUGUCUAACUGUAGUGGUCGAGAUGCCGUUUGAAGAAUCGGUGUGUUUGCCCUAUACACAAGCAAAAUUGGGUUACAUGGUGUAGUAUCGAAGAGAACCCUACGUCUUUGGAUGAGGACAAGGAGAUGCUGUCAGGUUUACGUUACGAGCUCGGCCCGCAACGAGACAUCGCCAGCCAUUGAAUGUAGCCUUGUCCUCCACCAAAUACGACCAGUCCAACUGGCGUAUGUAUUUUUAGACCUCGUAGGGUAGAGAAGGAGCAUUCAUUACUGGGCAUCAGUGGCCAGUGACAAUCAUCGCCAGCUCAGAUUUUCUAGCGAUGUAUUUUUCCCGUCAUCAUCCGGCGAUUUUCCCCGAUGCCGGAAAGGCAUAUCGGGUAGGAAGUUGCAAGAAAUGUUUCUCGCUGCUCUAUUGGUAUGCGCCGAAGGGGUCCUCCCCCAACGCAAAACAUUCACAAAAAUGCAUACCUAGCAAGCAUAGACCAAAACAUGUGCAACACUGUAAGCAAGUGGGCACAGAGCAAGCAUAUCUGCAGAAGAAAACAACGGCGCAAAAAAAAGAAAAAAAAAAGAAAAGUGACCUACAGCGGGCUGAGGCGUUGUAUUGGUGGCGAGUCGGGCCUGUGGCAAAGCCGUGUUAGCGCUCGUGGUGGAAAAGGCUAGCUGCGAUUGGACCGCUGAACCCACUAGAAGCGCAUUGGAUUCUGCCAGCACCACUACGACGCGUCAGUGCCUGCUCAGUUGAUUUUUAUUAUUUUUUUUUUGGAAGCUGGCGCAACUAAGCGCCAAUGUUACAGGUUCGGCGGUUGGGCUUUAGUGAGACUGGUCCGCUAAAGGGGGCUGCACUAAGAGCACUAUCCUGUGUUUAUUGUUUCGCCGGUGCUGGCGCAAAGCACGCAAUGGACGAUAAUUUCACCCAGCAUGAUAGCCUGAUAGUCGAGCUGUGGGCUGCUAUUCUGGCCUGAGUAAGCUUCGGUAGCCAGCUUGUGAACGGAUCAGCAUACAAUUCAUGCUUCAAAUUAUGAGGAAAGGGGGCCUGCUGGUGGAUGAGCAGUAUCUUUACCCAUAAACCACAAGAGAACCCGCUGUUCCCGCUGUUCUUUCCAUUACUGAGGGUGAUGUUCAAACAGAUCAUCUGUACGAGUCCACUAUGGGCGACACAGCCCAGUUAGAGAUCCGCUAAUCGGCGUGCCCCUUUCUCCCCUGCCCGCCUGCUGCGGCCGCUGUAAACGCAGGCGCAAGAAAAGUCGGGUUACAGCAGACUCCCCCCCUGAACUAUGUAAUGUGGUGGUGUCAAGACUGAUUAUAGGGGAUAUCUCAUUUAUCCACGUCGCUCCUCACCCUGUCCUGGCUGCUUUUCUCUUCUUUUUCAACACCAAAAAAAGAAAUACAGGUGCUUCUUGUUCUUCUCAACCGCCUUCUUCUUCAAUUUUUUUUUCCUUUACUUCACUUCUUCGUUCCUCUUCUUCUUGCCUCUCCUUAAACAAGUUUUGCUAUUUGGCCUGCCGAUAGCCUUUUUGACCCCUUCUGCACGCGCAACUUGGCCCCCCUUUGCCCACCCUGCAACUGGACGCGCCGCCCCCGCCUGCUCCCGCUCCUUAACCUUUUUUUCUUGCGACGUCUCCCUUGUUGCAAGCCACCAGUGAAAAGUCCCUCCACUCAUCCUUUCUUCUUGCGCUCGCGAUUUCUCUUCUUGGCCAAGUCCAUCCAUUCGUUACAACUACGCUUCUCUCUGGUGCCCCCAUCACCAACUGUCCCUCGCCACCUACCGCUCGCUGCGCUUCACACCCUUUUCAACCUCAGCUCCGAGCAUCACCAGAUUCUACAAUGUCUGAAGAGAAGGCUCGCGUCUCAGGCGACUCGCCUCGUGCGCCUAUGCUUCCCGUCGUCAACCCGGCCGUUGAGAAGCCCAAGUCGGCUGCCGAUGGUAUUCCCGCUGUUGUCUAUGUCGUUGCCUGGAUUGGUUUCUCGUCUUCCGUCAUUCUGUUUAACAAGUGGCUUCUCGACACCCUUGAAUUCCCCUACCCCGUUAUCCUAACUACCUACCAUCUGACCUUUGCGACCGUCGUUACUCAAAUCCUCGCCCGAUUCACCAAUGUCCUCGACGGCCGCAAAUCUGUCAAGAUGACUGGCCGCAUUUACCUUCGCGCUGUCGUUCCUAUCGGUAUCUUCUUCAGUUUGAGUCUGAUUUGCGGUAACUUGACCUAUCUCUACCUCUCGGUCGCUUUCAUCCAGAUGCUCAAGGCUACUACCCCCGUUGCUGUCUUGCUUGCCAGUUGGGCUCUGGGUGUUACCAAGCCCAACUUAAAGCAGUUCCUCAACGUUUCGGCUAUUGUCGUCGGUGUCAUCAUCGCUUCCAUCGGUGAGCUUGACUUUGUCCUGGUCGGUGUCCUGCUCCAGCUUGCUGGUGUCAUGUUCGAGGCUCUCCGCCUCACCAUGGUUCAGCGUCUGCUCAACUCUCCCGACCUCAAGAUGGACCCUCUUGUUUCCGUUUACUACUUCGCUCCCGUCUGCGCGGUCCUUAACGGUGUAGUUGCCCUCGCCUGGGAAGUCCCCAAGGUUACCAUGGAUCAGGUUUACCACGUUGGUCUCUUCACUUUCUUCCUCAACGGUUGCUGCGCUUUCAUGCUCAACGUUUCCGUCGUUCUCUUGAUCGGCAAGACCUCUGCUGUCGUCCUCACCCUCUGCGGUGUCUUGAAGGACAUUCUCUUGGUUGUUGCUUCCAUGAUGAUCUGGGGCACUGCUGUUACACCUCUCCAGUUCUUUGGCUACUCUAUUGCUCUCGGUGGCAUGGUCUACUACAAGCUUGGUUAUGAACAGAUCAAGGGCUACGCCGGUGAGGCGAACAGACAGUGGGCUGAGUUUGGUGCUCGCAAGCCUGUCUUGCGCAAGAUCAGCAUCAUUGUUGGUGGAUUCAUGCUCCUCGUUUUGGUCUUCUCAGGCCUUGCUCCUGGCUACGCGGCCGACAUGAAUCCCGCCAGAGCUCUGGCCAAGACUCCCGCCAACUAAUUGGUAACAUUGACACCGAUGACACUACCUAUAAAACUUAAUAAGGACUUUAUAGUCCGCAUGGCGUUGGAUGUAGCGGCAGACAGUUUCAGUCUUUGGUAACGGGCUGACACGACUAAUGGUUAUCAACCACCCUGUGGAUGGCUGUCUGCGAUAUGAAUUUUCGUUUUUUGUUAUGGUAUACGCACACUCACCUUGAGAGUGCGGCAGCGAGAGAAUUCGUUUCUGUAUUUGCAAAAGGAAAGCUUAGGAGACAGGAUUUGCUACAUUUGCUCACGUCACAACUGGUUGGCGAAGCAUGUGGACGCUCUGGCUGGCAUAUAUCUUGAUGUAUAAUUAAAACCCACGGCGCCGUGCGUCUAGGAUCUAAAAGCUUGCAUGACCUGCAUCAUGAAUAGACAAAAAAAACUUUUGAAUUACUUUCUUCCACCGCUGUAUGAUUGUAGUAGCGUUGAAUUGGCUAGCACUGAUUUUUUUUUAAUACCCGAAGCACAGUUCAAUUUGCGCAAGGGUCAUAAUCCGAUUAGAUGGUCAAAAUGUUCGUUCAUUGAUUUUUGAUAUGGAAUCUUUAAAAGAACCGUUCAUACUCGUCGAGGCCCCCAACAAAAUAACCCAGGGGUGUAAUCCUCAAAAAGUGUCCGUUUCGAUGCUUUCUUUAACCUCCCGCCAACUCCCUGAAACCGUGAUGGAGAAUUUUUUGUUUAAAAUCGCAAGGGGGUGAAGAACCAUCUGUUCUUGCCGCUGGUGUAACGCUCCUCGAGGACCUUCUUGACGGUCUUCUUGGCAUCCUCACGCUGGCUGACCUCCUUGAAGGUAUCGGCAGAGAUGGCACCCUUGAGGCCCUCAAGCUCGAGAGUGUAACGUGUGGGCAUCAAGUGGUUGUAGUUGAUGACCUUGAUGAAAGGCUUGACCUUGGAGCGCUUCUCCUGGCGGGCCUUGGACAUGCGGCGGGUGAUCUUGGAGGGGUAGCGCUCAAUGCCGGCAACGACGGCGUGGCCGAAGGGGUGAGGCUUGUUGCCGUU